AUGGAUGUGCGAUGCCGAAGAUGGAGGUGCGAUGCCGAUGAUAGAGAUGUGACGCUGACAAGGUUUCUGCUACGCCAACGAUGGAGGUGCGAAACCGAUGAGGUUUGUGCGAUUGGGUUGAGUGAGGAAGAAGAGCUGAGAUGGGGCUGCGUAUUCAACGAAGAUGAGAUGAGAUGUGAGAGAGUUGUUCCGGAAAUACAGAAACAAAGAAAUUCCACGGUCGAACUACCAAAAUAG